CGGCCGCGGCGCAGGCGUGGUCUCAACAGUGGAGAAAGAUGGCGGCCCCGGCGUUUACUGCGAGGUUGUAUUCUCUACUGUUCCGCAGGACCUCCACCUUCGCCCUCACCAUCGCCGUGGGCGCCUUGUUCUUCGAGCGCGCCUUCGACCAAGGCGCGGACGCGAUCUACGAACACAUCAACGAGGGGAAGCUGUGGAAACACAUCAAGCACAAGUAUGAGAAUAAGUAGUUCCUCGGAGACCUCUACCCAAGUCAGAAAGACAAGGUCCAUCCACCAGCUGUUUGCCCAGAACCAGGGCCUCAGCCUGAAGAUGAUGCUCACAUUACUCGUCACCGACCACCUUUAGCUGUUGGCAAGAGAUGGCUUCACCUGACAGACUCUUAACUUCUGUGUCUGAAGUACGUUUAAUCAGUCAUCAGCAAAUAAAUGUAAAUUGUCCUUGAGA